UCUACCACAAGGAGUUCAACAUCAUUAACUUUGCAGCUGCCUUUUCAAGUAGCUAUAGGCAGCUGCUGGGCUGCCCGUCAGCCUCCCCUUCCUCACUUGCUCCCUCUUCCACCUUUCACCUUCAAGCCUGAAUCCCUCGGAUUCUCCUGAGAGAUGUGCCCCAGGGUCUUGGUGGCAUGUCUCAGAGCAGCUUCAAUCCAGCUGCAUGGCAACAGGACUUGGGAGUCCACCUACAUGUUAAAAUCUGGGCUUUAAAAUAUAGUGUCUUCCAGAAGGACGACUCAAAGGUUUAAUAAACAGACUGUAUUAAGUAUUUCACAGAAUCGUAGGGGUUGGAAGGGACCUCCAGAGAUCAUCGAGUCCAACCCCCUGCCAAAGCAGGUUCCCUACAGCAGGUCACACAGGUCGGCAUCCAGGCAGGUCUUGAACAUCUCCAGAGAAGGAGACUCCACCACCUCCCUGGGCAGCCUGUUCCAGUGCUCCGUCACCUCACUGUAAAGAAGUUCCUUCGCACAUUUGUUUAUUUAAUUAAAUAUUGUAUAUUUACUUAAACUCUAGUAAGUAAAAGAUCAUUUCAGCUUCUUAAAAACACAUCUGUAUGAAACCACAGCGUGAUUUAGUUUCUAUAAGGACAAACCUGUUCAUGAAACCAGAGCACAGCUUUUCCCUGGAUAAGCUCAUGCCUUGCUGGAGGUGAGUGACCUGCUGCCCAUAAAGGUGAACAAAGCCUGGAGUGGGGAACAGAACAGUCUCCUAGCUGGAAGGGAAGUGAGGGCAUUUGCUCCCUGAAGCUUGAUAAACUUGACAGCUGUUGAAUUUUAAUCACCUCAACAGGCUGUAGUGAAGGCUGUGAUUAAUUAUUUUGGGCAGAGUGAAGCCGCUAUGCUGGGAGACUGAAUGAGGCAAGCCCUUUGAGGGAGAAACAAUAUGGAGAGAUGGAAGAAAGGAGUUUCCUGAGGCCCAGAAGAUGAUAGAUCCCAGAUCAGUCUACUCUUCUCUUGUGCUGUUUCUUAUGACCUGGGCCAUGCAAGGAGACAGCGGGAGGAAGCAGGGCCCCAAGCCUGCUGACUCCAAUGCGUUGUGGUCACUGGCAGGAUUUCCCCAUCCAUUCAUUGUUUGCCUUUCUUAAUGCAGAACCAUGAAAUCAACAGGGGGACAGCCUUCCUCACCCUGAGUCAUAGAGCUGAGUUUCUUGAACUUCAAGCAAAUCAGUUUUUUCCGUGGGGAAUCCCAUAGGUCUGACGUAGCUGAGAUUGCUUCAGCAAUCACUUCUUGUCUGCAAAAGGUAUUAAGACAUAGCUGUUCUCUGCUAGUUUUCAUGUUAGGAUAGAUCUCUCAUAUGAAGAUUAUGAAGAUUAAUAUCUUUUACUGUUUUGUGUAAUAUUAUUUUAACGUUUCUACGUGCCAUUAAAUAGAUAGGAGCAUUCUUGUUUUCUUUCUACAUCAAUAUUGCAGCAUCACUUUUGAAGUCUGUGUUUUACCUCUGCUCCCAGGCAAAGAGCCUGCUUCUUUCUUGUUUCCAUCUCUUUAUCCAGCAGCACCUAACUGGUGAGCAUCUGUAGCUUGGGAAUUUGGUGACUGCUUGCUUAGCUGUCCCCUGCAGAACCCGUGCUGCUGCUCAGGAAUCAGAAAAUGAAAACAACUGAUCAAUUUUUGGUCUCCAAAGCUGAAAAAAACUGAAAGAGUGAAAGUAACCACAGGCAAAUCUGCCAGCUCUCUGCUAAUGAGUAUUUGUAGCAAAGUGAUUGGUGACAGAGAUGAGACCCCACUGCCACUGAGCUGUACCUGCUGUGCAUGCACACGGACCAUGGCACACAGUCUGGCUGAGUUCGUACACCUAAAGUUACUUCAAGUAAUCCAAGUCUGGAUAGCCCGAUAUGCAAGGUUUUCCUGCUAACCUGUAAUACAUUAAAAAUACUGCUUGAUCCUUACAGGGACAUGUUUCUCUUCAAAAUGCAGGAACAGCCCUAGGAAAAUAGCUCAAUAGUUUAUUAGGUCAGUAGUUUAUAAAUAUGGCACUUGUUCUGGUGCUGGAUUAGGCAACCUCAUAUCUCUUGCAUCCUCAUCUCUCUGCCCACUUUUCUCCAUAAACAUGGCACUUCUUCCACGGCCCUGGACAAGAGUUGUGUUCUUUGCAUGAGCUAUGCUCCUUAGUGGAGGUUGCACUACAGAGCUGCUUUGAGAGACUUUUGGGAUGCUUUUGAAGAGAAGCCCAACUGUCUCCUCUGGGCACCUCAAACCUUUGAGGACCCUCACCUGAGACCCUCCUCUUUGCUGCUCUUUAAGGAGAACAGUCCAGAACAGCCUGUAUCAUGUAUGUGAACCAUGUUUUAUAGAAUCAUAGAAUCAUUAAGGUUGGAAAUGACCAAGAUCCUCUAGUUCAGUCAUCAAUCAAUCUCCCUUGCAUUUUGUUUUCUUGUGCCCAUUUGGCUUCUGCUGCUGUGAUUUAUUCCUUAAGAUCUACACUGAGCUCUGUGGCUCUUCAUUUGACUCUUUCAUGGAGAUAGAAAAGUGAAAAAAGACUUUGGUGGCAUCUCUUCUUCAGCAGUGGAAAUAGUACCCUCCUCUGACUCUGCUGAUUCCAAAUCCUCUCCUUCCUGCCCUGCAGCCACAAGAGGCAUAUCUCUCCUCAUUAGGGCUGCUACAGCAGCAGUCUAAUAUCUGCUAGAAAGGGAAAGGAGGUAAAUGUCAGGAGAAAAUUCUAAUGGAGAUGACAGGGUUGGACUUGAACACCCCUUCCUGUUUCUUUUCUACUACGAUGCAGGAUUAUUGGAAGUAUGUAAUCUACAAACAUCUCAACUCCCAUGUGACUCAGAGGAGACUGGAGGAUUCAGUAAGAUUCUUCCAUCUCUGAGCUCUAGCACUGAAGAAAUGAAGGUUUGUCUUGCAGGGCAGACCACAUAGGAGCUGGCUUGCAGUAGAGGGAUGUUCAACAUUACUCACAGCUCCGCUCCAUACAGAAAAUGCACAGCUCCUUCAUUGUGCAGCCUUUGCUUACACUGACUUGAAAGACAGAAUGGUGCCAGCAAUGAAGCAGGAGAGCACAAUUUUUAUAAACAUCAAUAAAAUGAAAAAGCAUGACCUAACAGUCUUCGGGAGUUGAGCAUGGGGUUCGUGGCUUGUUCUCAAGGACUCAACAGUCCUUGACUGUUGCCUAUAUUUUAGGCACAGGACAUUUUAUUUCUUUAUGUAUAUAUUCUGCAGGGUUUUUUUUCAGAUUAAUUAAAACUAUGGGCAAGGCCACACUUCCAUACUAUGGAAGGGUCCAGUUUCAUUCCCACAGAUCACUCAUUCAUGGCUAAACUGGACUUACUUUCCUUCUCUGACAAGUGUAGACUGCCCACAUAAGAAUUUUACAUUGGUCUGCCCCUAAAGCUGAUCUUUAUUAGCUUUUGUUGAUUCCAACUACGUGGGAAAACUUUUUGUCAUCCAAGACUUGCUGCUAAUUGCUCUGGUGGGAUUUCACCAUCAGGAUUUUGAUAACUUCAGCUAUGUUUGCACAGCAUUUUUGAUAUCACACCUGGGUCCUGGUUGUACUCAGUACCUAGCUGAUAUCUGCUUUGCUUACUUCCUGUUUAGCUGUGGAUAUUGUAAGUCCUUUUUGAAGAAAAACCGAACCAAACAGAGAAAAAAGAAUCAACACAGUUUAGUUCUUUGUUUCUCUGUAUGCAGUGACCUCUUGUGAGCAGCAAAACACUGAUAACAGCCUCUCACUUCACCAUGUUAAAAGCAGAAGCCCAGUGAGUACUGCUGGGACACCAAGCUCAGCAUCUUGCUAUUCUUAUUCAGAAAUGUCCAUUAAAUGCUGUUCUCAACUUGAGUCCCAGAAUCCCUUUGCUCCAAUAUCUCAAGGCUGCACGCUGCUCUUGAUGCCCUACCUGAGGCUGACCAAGUGGACCCAGAGGUUCUUACAGCCUCAGCCAUUCUGUGAUCCCGUAAAGGUGCACUUCCAGGAGCUUUAACACAGCAUUAGACUCCCUGACUUCUGUCUAGUAUGUUUCUGGUCCAGGUCUCAAACUCUGACACAUCAUAGUUACAACAGGUGGUUAUUGGUUAUCAUCAUCGUUAACAAUUUUUAAUGCCAUUUUCAACUCACUUGUGAUGUGGGAAAACAGCAGCUCUCCUACAGCUUUCCUUUAGGAGACCAUAGGAGUGAACUCUUUUCAUUCCCUUGGAAAUCAGAUGAGGGUGUUCUCUCCAAACCUUUUAUCCACUACUAAUGGAAGAAACCCUGUCUCCACCACGCCUCCUGUAUGCACACUGGGAUGCUGUUUGGACAUGGGCUCAUCAGUGAUUUGUAAAGCAGCAGACAGAGAGGUUUGCAACCCUCUGUGUGCUCAUUCCCUGGAAGGGGCAAUCUGGAUACCAAUCUGGAUUUCAUGAGCGUGGGCUUUGGAGUUGAUAAGCACCACAUAGAAAAAGAAAGUGCCCAUAGUUCAUGUAUUGGUGCAGGCAUAGGAGAGGACCUGUCCAGUGAGAUACAAUUUGAAAACGGUCCUCCUAUAUCUAGAAAAUAGAAAUAAAUAAAAUACAUAUAGAAUGUCAUUAACGUGCUAUAAAACCAUUACAGUUAUGUGAAGGCAAAUGCGUACUCAGACUCCAUCAACUGUAUUUUGAGAGGCUGUAGAAGAGCAGCCCAUGAACAUCUGUGUGUACUCAGAGACAGGAUGUACUGCCUAAUGCCACCGAGGCUGUCUGCUGGGAAUAGAAACUCCGUGCACCCCAUGGGAAAUGAGGAAGUAGAAAGAGAAAUCAGCAGGCUCAGCUAUCUAAUGCCGAUCUGUUUCUGACACGUGGUGCUCUCUAGUAAACCUGGGUGAAAUUCUGAGGAAACAGCAAAUAGCAAUUGUUGCCCCCCGUUUCUAGGAAGAUGUGAGCAAAUAUCCCCAGGAUAACAACAACAUAAGUCUCUCUUCUUUGUGUAAUUUUUUGUUUGUUAUUAAAAGGUGCAGAUUUAUAUUGGUGCAGGUGUGUAUUGCAGCAGGGCUGUGAACAUAUGUCCAUUUCUCAAGGGGGAAAAAGGAACUGACAGUUCAGCUGCUGCUUCUGAGACACAGCUUCAAGGUGAGCAAGAGCUCAUCCCUCAAAGUCCUCCCUGCGAUGCUGCUGCUGCUGCUGCUGCAGAUCUCACUGAGCUGCCUCUGGCUGGGACGUGGUGAGGUGGUGACAUCCUUUGAAAGUUCAUGCCCUCAGUUUUUCUUCCGGGAAACCCCCCCAAAUGAAGCCCUGGAACCAGAGAGCCCAGCCUGGAUCUGCCAGCGUUACAAGAAUCAGUAUUAUUUUGCCACCUUGUAUGACAGGAGCAGGCGUAUUCCCGUGUAUUCUGCUUACCUGUACCAACCUGGAUCUGGCACAAGACCCAAAACCUGGCUGGUGGAACCCCAGCUGAUGGGCCUGAGUUAUCCCAAAACAAUGGAAAGAGAAUGGACACUCUCAAAAUAUUACAACGUCACUUCAGAACAGAUUGGCAAGAGCCAAGCUAUCCUCCAGGAUUACAAGAACCUGACGGGUUUGAACCGCGGCCAUUUGAACCCCAGUGGACAUCACUCUGACUCCAGCAGCAGGACGGCAACCUUCAGCCUCACCAACAUCGUGGCCCAGGAUGAGAAACUCAACGGUGGUGCCUGGAACAACUAUGAGCAGCAAACCAUGAUGAGGAGGACAGUGGGGUGUAACACAACCUACGUCGUGGUGGGUGCUGUGCCUGGGAACAACUAUAUUGCCAAGGGCAGAGUGAAUAAGCCCAGCCACAUCUGGUCGAGCGCUUGCUGUGAGGUGGACAAAAACCACAGGGAGGCUUGGGGGGUCAUUGCUGAGAAUGACAAGAAUGAGGUACAGCUCCUCACGCUGGGGGAGCUGGAGGAGGUGUUGACCCACCUUUAUGGCAGGGAUCAGGUUUAUCUGUUUGAUAGUGACUGUCCCAGGGAAUAAGCCCCGUUUCACAUCAUAGGUAUCCUAUCAUACCCACCAGCAUUUGAUCUACUUCCUUCUCUAGGGUUUUCCAGUUGCACUCAGAGUCUCUUCUUUGAAAAUAAAAGGAAGAGGCCAGUAGAGCCUCUGGCUCAUUUGCUUUCCUACUCUGCUGCCCACCCUUGCAAUGAUGGUUCUGGGAUGAGUCCCUGAAAGCUCUGGAGGGACAGUCUGGAUACCAGUCCGUGGGUAAGGAAUCAGUUUGUCCUUAAGACUAGAGACAUACUGCUUUUUGUUCCUCCCUGUUUCUCCAUGCCCACAUACAGACUGUGGUUCCUUACCCUCUUUCAUUCAACAUUGCUGUUAACAUGCUGUUGAUUUAUCCAUUGCCUCCUCAGGAAAGUUCCCAGGCAAGGUUGGCUCAGAUAAUCCAUGGAUUAUCCAGAUUCCUCCUUGGAGAUACUCAAAAUCCAUCUGGACCUUGUAAUGGACAACCUGCUCUGGCUGACUCGCCUGACACAGCCAAUGGCAAAGGCAAAGAGCAGACAGAGAGAGGAAAGUGGAAAGGAGGAAGGCUAGUAAGCAUGGGAAGAACAUCACAGCUCUGUUGAGCUCUGUAAAUAAGUAAAAUAAGGAAGGAGAUAACCUGCAUCUAAUCUCUAAGCUCCCUAACCCUGAGUUUACAUGAAGGCCAUGCUUAUGUAAAUUUACUAGAACAUUUUUGUUUGCUUGGUUUUGGAUCAGGUACCUUGAGAGCAAGAGCUGGGGUAUCAGGCAGCUGGGCUUAGGGAUCAGAUACACAGCAGACUUUGACCAACUAAAGAUAAAUUUCUGUAAGCAGUGGGAUAACUUCAUUAUCUGCCCUACUUUUGAACCUUUUCUGCAGAUUUAUAUAUGAUUGAUUUUUUUUUUUUCCAUUGUAAAAUGUAUUCAGUGGGUAUAAAAGUUCAAUAUAUGCUGUAUAAUUUUGUUCCUGAGUUGUUUAUGAUAUAAAUUAUUUGCUCCAAUGUUAAAUCCUAGAACUGCUUUCCACUGAAAUUUCCACUUCUAGUAAUGCCUUAGUUUGUAAGGCUUCUUUGGCAGAGAUAGGCUGUCCAAACCCAAUCUGAAAAUACCAUGACACCUAUCAUCACACUAUCACUACUUCACAGAAACACAGAAUCACAGAAUGGCCAGGGUUGGAAGGGACCUCAAG